UAAAAUCCCCCCUUCCCUCUCAGUUCUUCAUUCACCACUUUCACUUCAAUUUUCACAAAAAAUCUGUUUGGGAGGUCAGAAAAUUUAAGUUUUCCGGGAAAAUGACAGGGAGAGGAAAGGGUGGAAAGGGGCUGGGAAAGGGCGGAGCCAAGAGGCACAGGAAGGUGUUGAGGGACAACAUCCAGGGGAUCACCAAGCCGGCCAUCCGAAGGCUCGCUCGCAGAGGAGGAGUCAAGCGCAUUAGCGGCCUCAUCUAUGAAGAAACCAGAGGGGUUCUCAAGAUCUUCUUGGAGAACGUGAUUCGUGACGCUGUAACAUACACCGAGCACGCCAGGAGGAAGACUGUGACUGCCAUGGAUGUGGUCUAUGCUCUCAAGAGGCAGGGUCGAACCCUCUAUGGUUUCGGAGGUUAAAUCAACAUAUGUAGAAUCAAAUCCCUCGUUCAAAUUGGGGCUUUUUGAUUUUCUGAGUUCCCCUAUGUAAUUCCCAAUCAGACUUGUUCUGCUUCCAGUUCCAUCAACGAAGAUAUAUUAGUUCAAAGAAA